UGGGCACUGUUAGCUCCCGAAUGGAGUGAUUCUGAUGGGACCGAUGAAUCAAUGAAUCCAACUUGGAACCUCCAUCCAUCGCACAUGUUCCACACCAAACUCUUCACUACUUCUCUUUCUCUUUCUCUUUCUCUUUCUCUUUCUCUACCACACAAUCAAUCACCAUGAACUCAUCAACACCACCCACACCAACUAGUAACGAUGUUUCUGCUGGCAAGAAGGUUAGAAAACCUUACACCAUUACUAAAUCCAGAGAAAGCUGGUCCGAUGAAGAACACGACAAGUUCAUCGAAGCUCUUCAACUGUUUUUUUGAUAGGGAUUGGAAGAAGAUUGAAGAUUUUGUAGGUUCUAAAACUGUUAUUCAGAUUCGAAGCCAUGCUCAAAAAUACUUCUUCAAGGUUCAGAAAAAUGGAACACUGGCUCAUGUUCCUCCUCCUCGUCCUAAGCGGAAAGCUAUUCAUCCAUACCCACAAAAGGCUACCAAAAAUGUUUUGGUGCCACUACCAGCAUCCAUUGCUUAUGGAUCUUCCUCCAAUAACCUUUUACCUGCAGGGUAUGUCACAUGGGAUGAAACUUCCAUGAUGAUGAAUACUUGCCAGGAUGAUCUCAACAAUCUUCAUGGAAAUGAAGCGGAUAUUAUUGGAUCAAAGCCGAUAAGCAACAGUGGUCUUAGUGGUGUUGAGGACUCGAAUACAAGACUCCCCGCAUCUCAGAUAUCAUUGCAAGGGAAACAAAAUCCUGCGGUUCAUGGUUUGCCGGACUUUGCUGAAGUUUAUGGUUUCAUUGGAAGUGUUUUUGAUCCGGAUACAAACGGCCAUGUGCAGAAGCUGAAAGAAAUGGAUCCUAUAAAUUUUGAAACUGUUUUGUUGUUAAUGAGAAACCUCACUGUCAACCUGUCUAGCCCAAAUUUUGAUCCCAUUAAGAAGGCAAUGUCAACAUAUGAUGUGAAUAAUAAUAACGUUGCGGUAGGAGUUACUGAUGCGAAGAAGCAGACAAAUGAUGUAUCGUGUCAAACAACAUAAAGCACUACCAAUUUGUUGACUUGGUGUGUGUUUUUCUUCUCAUAUGUAGUUUUCUUUUGCUUCCAUAUUUUGUUUUUAUUGUAAUAACACUUCUACAGUUAGAUUGUUCAAACAUAGAUGGAAGACCAAGGUAGGGUUGUAAAGCCAGUGAAUGCAACUGUUGUCCUUUGUAAUUGUAACCACAGUCGGGAUAGUAUAUGUUAGAAGGCUAAAGAGCACAACAUGUUUUUCAACUUAUAGGAAAAUGUUAAUAAGUUAGUGGUUAUGAUAGUUUACAUUACCUACUUGGGAUCAUAAUAAUUGUUGUAUUGCUCUAAAUGUGUAGAUUUAUUAACAUUGCCGAA